UCCAAACAAAAAUGGUCUGUGUCAGAUGAUACAAUACUUUUUACAUGUAUUAAUCACUACAGUAUUUUGAACUAAGAGCCUGACAGAGUUGAUUGAUUGAUGGAGUACAGACAACGUAAUAACAGCUGAACGAUAUUCAUAUAGACAAAUGGGGACACAGGAGCCCCCCUCCAUGGAUCUGCCCUCCUACAACAGCCAUGAUGAGAGGGGCAAGUCAACCAAUGAGAAGUUCCUUCCCAGAGCAGAGGUGGUCAGGUCCAAACUCAUCCAGAGCUUCUACCUGCUGGACCAGUUACAGGAGGAGCAGAGAGGAAGCCCCAAAUACUGCACCAAUGAUGUUUUAGACGAGGAGAACUACACCAGCUUGAUGGGGAAGGACACACACCAGCUAGUGCGUUUCGAGAUCUCCCCCCAGAGGGGCAGCACCAUCACCAUGGACCUCCGUCGCCAGGGACGACUGGAGAACCUCCAUGCCAACUAUCCGCCCUUGAACAUGUUUGCCCACUGGAUUCUAGAGAGCAAAAUAUUCAUGAAUAUCAUUGUCAUCCUCAUCAUUCUGAACACCAUUGUCUUGGAGAUACAAGCAGGGUUUGGAAGGUUGCCCAUGCGCACCAUCACAAAGGUGGUUUGCAAAUUACUCAUCUUUGCUUUAGCCAACUCAUUGACUGUUGUUGGCUGGACAACAAGCAGACCUGGCAACCUGACUAUUCUUUCUGUCCAAGAGGUGUUUGACAACAUGGACCCCAAGCUGGAGAUUGUGAAACUGGUUCUGGAAAUGUUGGACUGGAGCAUCCUGGCCAUCUUCUUCCUGGAGAUCGUAUUGAAGUGGUUGGACAACUUCUGGAACUUCUGGAAAAGCACCUGGAACAUCUUUGAUUUUGCUGUCACCAUGCUGUCUGUUAUACCAGAGAUCGUGAAGGUCUUCAAAGGGGUGGACACUGGCGACCUGGAGAUUGUGGCACUCCUAAAGAAGUUCCGUAUCCUCCGUUCCCUGAAAAUUAUCUCCAAAUUCAGGCAGAUCCGCCUGAUCGUGUUGGCCAUCUCCAAAGCUUUCAAGGCUAUGACCUUCAUAUUCUUACUGCUGCUGGUGUUUGCUUAUAUCUUCGCUGUGGUUGGAGUCAUCCUGUUCGAGAGUUACACUCGCUCUAACAUCGAGGGCCUGGUCUACAAUAUGAACUUUAAAGAUAUCUACAACUCCUUCAUCACCCUCUUCAUCCUCUUCACCAUGGAUCACUGGUACGCUCUGCUCGCCGACACCCGCAAAGUUCCAGAACUGGACAAAGCCAUAUGUGGCUUAUACAUCAUCCUCUGGCUCCUCAUAGGCUCCUUCGUAUUCCGCAAUAUCUUUGUGGGUAUUAUGGUGAAUAACUUCCAGGCCAUCCGGAGUGACCUCUCUAAAGAGGUACAGCAGAUUGAGAUCCAGGCCAAAGCUGAUCUCUUUAAAGCUGAGAUCAUAAACAGGAGGAUAAGUCAUUCGAAAUUUGCCGGGCUGAGCAAAGUGGCAGAGGAUGGUGAAGAGUCAUUUUCCACUGAGGAUCUACUACAGUUUACAAGAUCUAAUAUUCCAGAAAAAGACUGGGAGUCGUACGUGGAGGAGAAUAUGAAGGUGAUGCAGGAGCAGGAGGAGGACGAGAAGGUCACCUGGCCCCGGGAUUCCCUUUUCAGGUACUUUGAGCUGCUGGAGGUUCUCCAGCACAACCUGGACGAGAGGAAGAGGCUGCAGAACUUAGCAGUCCAGGCGUUGCUAAACCUGCACGACUCAUAGGACCCCACAUCGACAUCUAUUCAGAAGAGACACCAUAUUUUGAAGAAAAUAAAACAUGUUUUUUUCUUCCCAGUA